AUGCCGAAAUCAGAUAUACGAGUGGUUGUUGGUAUUGAUUUUGGCACAACUUAUUCAGGCUUUGCAUUAGCAAGUGUCGCGAAUCCAGACACCGUAGAAACUAAUGAAUCAUGGCCAGGAAUCCGAGGGCAAUUGAAAACAAAUACUGCACUUGCAUACGAUGAGGCAUUGAAUGUGGUUAAAUGGGGAAAUCCAGCCCUUUCUGAGAAACCAUCGAAGAAAAAAUUGGCAUCAUCAGAGAAAAAGUUACACAAACCAGUAGAACUUUUCAAAUUACAUUUUUCAAAUAUUAAGAACAGCGAAAAACCGCCAUUACUACCUGGACUUGAUUAUCAGAGUGCGGUGGCUGAUUAUUUACGUGAAAUGGGAAAAUUGAUAAGACAAACACUAGAAACAAGAUGGCCAGGUAUCGAUUUCUUCAAACACGUGAGACUAGUGGUCACAGUGCCAGCAGAGUAUAAUGAGUAUGCAAAAGGAGCGAUGCGAACAUGCAUGUUUAAAUCAGGGUUGUUGAAAACUUUGAACUCGGAUCGAUUGGAGUUUACAACUGAACCUGAGGCUGCUGCCAUAUAUUGUAUGAGAGUACUCAAAGAAUUCUCAUUAAAACCGAAUGAUUCAUUUAUGAUCGUUGAUUGCGGUGGUGGAACCACGGACUUGACGAUACGAAGACUUUUAGCAGGAGGCAGAUUAGAAGAAACGACAGAAAAUUCCGGAGAGUUCUGCGGUUCAACAUUCAUAGAUCGCGAAUUUCUAAAAUAUCUUGCACGGAAACUAGGAAUGGGCGCAAUAGCCAAACUAAAGGAAGAUCAUUACUCACAACUACAAUACCUCCUGCAGGAAUUUUGCUCGUGCGUGAAAUUACGAUUCGACGGAGAUCGUGAAACGUUUCAAGCUCACGACUUGGAUCUCGAGGAUGCGUGUCCAAUCAUAAAGAAAUAUGUUGUCGGGGAAGCUGUGAAAACUAUGGAAGAUGCCGAAUGGCUGAUCGAAUUAGAUUUUGAUACGGUGAAGGAGUUUUUUGACAAAGUAGUGGUGAAGAUUUUGAGACUCAUCAGGGAUCAAUUGAUGAAAACGGAGAAGCCAUGUUCGGCUCUUUUUCUGGUUGGUGGAUUUGGUCAGUCGCCGUAUCUUUUAAAGAGGGUGAGAGAAGAGUUCAACAGCAUGGUUCCAUUUAUUGCUGUUCCUAUCGAACCAAUUGCCAGUACCGUGAGAGGAGCGGUUUAUUAUGGACUUGAUAUGGAUAUUGUUCGAACUCGUGUACUCAAACGAACCUACGGAAUUGACAUCUCGAGAGACUGGAAAGAAGACGACCCAAUCCAACGUCGUGUAUCUGGCAACGUAAUUGAUGUGUUUCAACCAUUGGCAUUUCGUGGCUCUAAAGUCGAUGUUGAUCAAAAAUUCACGUGUACGCUAUAUCCGUCAUACCCGGAACAAAGAAUAAUUUCUUUUCCUAUUUAUACGACUGAUCGUGAUUCUGCCAAAUAUUGUGAUGAAGAUGGAAUGAAACAGAUUGGAAAAUUGACCGCGGAACUUCCGGAUGUUUAUCUGGGUAAAAAUCGACCAAUUGAAUUCAGUCUAACAUUUGGCAAGAUAGAAAUUCGAGCGACUGCUCGUAAUAGGACAUCCGGGGAAGUUUAUGAAACGAGUUUUGAUUUGGAAUAUGUAGAUUAG